AUGAAUGGUGAUCGGACAUCAACCCAGUCCAACAAUAGCAAGGGAUGCACAUGUGGUUUUAAACAUUUCUGGGAUGGUAAUGAAUAUGAUAAUGUACCGAAAGUGUAAGUAUGGCACUGUUCAAUUGUUAAACUAAGUGAACUCCUGCAGCAAACUUAUUAAAAGUUGUUUCAACAAAGAUUUUUACAUGCAUAAAAACAUAUAAUCCCUUUGAAUCUAAUGAUGUUACAAUGAUUUUUUGAAGUAUCGAUGUUUCGUUGGAAUGGAAUGGGAAGAAGAUAGAGGAACAAGUCUUUUGGUUUGAUAAUGAAAGUGACCCCAGCCUAAAUUCCAAUGUUUAUGAAAUGGCCACAAGUGUUGUUCAGAAACAUUUUCCUGGUGAGUUUGGAAGUGAGACAGUUGUCAGGAGAGUUGUUGAUAAAAUACUGCGGGAGACUGAGUUAAAGAAGAACGAGGAAGGUAUGUAAUUAAUGGUGGUGAUGAUGGUGGUUGUUGUGAUGAUGAUGGUGGUGGUGAUGAUGGUGGUGGUGGUUGUGGUGAUGUUGGUGGUGGUUCAUGGUGAUGGUUCAUGGUGAUGAUGCUAUUGAUGGUGGUUGUGGUGAUGAUAGUGGUGGUUGUGGUGAUGAUGGUGGUUGUGGUGAUGAUGUUGGCGGUGGUUCAUGGUGAUGGUUCAUGGUGAUGAUGCUAUUGAUGGUGGUUGUGGUGAUGAUAGUGGUGGUUGUGGUGAUGAUGGUGGUUGUGGUGAUGAUGAUGUUGGUGGUGGUUCAUGGUGAUGGUUCAUGGUGAUGAUGCUAUUGAUGGUGGUUGUGGUGAUGAUGAUGGUGGUGGUUCAUGGUGAUGGUUGUAGUGAUGGUGGUGAAAGUAAUGAUGAUGGUGGUGAUGUUGAUGGUGGUGAUGUUGGUGGUGGUUCAUGGUGAUGGUGGUGAUGAUGAUGGUGAAAGUGGUGAUGGUGAAAGUGAUGAUGAUAGUCGUGACAGUGGUGAUGGUGAAAGCGAUGAUGAUGGUCGUGACAAUGGUGAUGAUGAUGGUCUUGAUAGUUGUCAUGAUGGUGGUGGUGGUGAUAGUUAACAAAUAUUAAUCACUCUACUGUGUAACAAACCUCUAUACCUACUCUCUGUAGCACCUGCACGUCUCUCGGACACCCAACCAAUGGACACUGAUGAUCAGCAAGUGACACCUACCACACCAAGCAAGAUCAUCCUAACAGGACCAAAACACAAGACAUUGCACAAAGAAGAGCUCACAAUGAACGAGGCAGAAAGAUUGACUAAAGCAAGAAUUACUCAUCGCGCUGCUUUUAGUGAGAAACGAAAGAGCGCAAAGCAAUCACCUGAAAAACUUAGCGGAGGUGCAAAGCAUGGCAAACAGGAGGUUUGUGUUUGGUUGCAAACAUAGUCUUUCAAGAUAUGCGCCCGUAUUCUAAAAGCUCACUCACACUCAAUGAGUGGAAGUUAAAUCUGAGCUUCUCUCGAGUGUCAUUGCUGUUUUUGAAUAGCUGGAGGGCCAGCGUCAUACCUUACUAUGUAACUACUCUCCCUCCAGCUAUUCAAAAACAGCAAUGACACUCAAGAGAAGCUCAAAUUGAACCUCCACUCAUUGAGUGCGAGUGAGCUUUUAGAAUACGGGCGAUAGUCUUUCAAGAUAUGGUCUGGAAGCUCAGGCCAAAUAAAAAUAAUAGUUGGUGUCAGGUUUCACAGCCAUGUUUUAUAUAAGUAGGUAGGUCGGAAAACAUUUUAUUUAAAAAAAUAUUUCAUCUCAAGUAUGCAAUAAAUAUAAGUUAAAACUCAUUAUAAACUCUUAGUUUUUAUUGUUUUUACAUUCACCUGCAUACAUUUAAAACUUCACAUGCAAGAAAAGCAUAAAGGACAUAAAGCUGUACUGUGAAAUGUCAAUAAAAUGUUUAUGGUCGGUCAUAUUUUUGACAGGUCGGUCGGAAACCUGAAACGAACUAUUAUUUUUAUUUGGCCUCAGUAAACUUCAAAGCGGUUAUAAUGAGCUAGGAUUUUAUGUUGAGCCGUACCCUUACACAGACAUCCUUUGUUUUAGGUUUAUUAAUAUUUAAAUAGCAUGCUUGAAUGACUGAACUGAAACGCUGCUAUUGAUGAUUCGUUCAUUAUACUGAAAUACAAUGUGUUCAUUGACCGUGCACAAAACUGCAUAAACGCGAACAAAAAGAUAGAACAGAGACUUAGCGGAGUUUCCAAACCAUUUUUCGAAAGACUAUGUUGCAAACGACCUGAUAUUAAAUUUGCGACCAGAUCUUCAGGGGUGGAAAAAAAAUUACUUUCUGGGGGGCCGGAACAGAACGUCGAAAAUGUUCUGCAAAUAAUCAAGUAAAUCGACACUUGGACAGAAUUUCCCCCCGAAUUUCUUCUUUUAUUUAAGUUUUACAAUAUAUAAUCUUUUUCUUUCUUUCUUGGGGAAAUAUUUUCUGGUAACUCAAAUAGAUACUUUUCCACCCCUGCAGAUCUUAUUCCCUGGUAGCCCACACUUAGGUGAGUCUGGUGAUCAGAACUUUUUUUAAAUUUCGAUCCUGUGCCAUCAGCAUGUUGCUUAAUUGUAGUAAACUAUUAAUACCACUCUUUCAUUGACAGACUCAAAAGGCCGGCAAAGAAAAUACAAAACCCCAAAGUAUGGCAAGUGCUACCAAGCCACCGCCACAAGGGAAUCCAAGCCAGGCUAAACCAAGCGAUGUUAGGAUCCGUCUGACUAGUUCCAGUGGCAAGACAGCCACUAUUACUCUAAAACCUUCCUCCACUUAUGCCGACCUGCAAGAGACUAUCCUUGCUGAACUGGGGAUACCCAACGAGCGACAAAAGAUCCGAUAUGGUUUUCCACCCCGGGUGUUAAAAGCCCCGGAGGAUGAACAUGCUACACUACCGCUGACUAACGGUGAUCGCGUGUCUGUGGAGGAGUUACCAGAUCUCAAAGCGCAAGAGGAGGAGCAGUUAACGAAAGAGCCUGAGACGGAGUCAAUGGACGUUGAAGUCAAAGGCAAAGAGAAUAUUGAAGAGGAUGGUGCUUCGUCUAGCGAAGAUCUCGAAGGUUGGUAGUCUUUUAUUUCCAUAGACCUAGUCACCUCCAUUUGACCAGUAUUUCUGACUGCUUUGAAUUCUGUUUCAUGAAAUUUAGGAGUUGAUCGGGAGAACCUCGCGUCUGAUUUGUUAAGUAUACUGCAAGGAGCUUUAAAAGUAGACCAAUGGGAGUCGGUCAAACACAAGCCCGAACUGUUUGAUCGAGGUGGAAUGAUCUAUGAUCAAAUCGUGUCUAAACUGGGACCAUUACGUGAUGACAUGCAUUGCAAUGUUACGGGACUACCAGGCAAAGUAAGGAUGGUAAUGAUAGUGAUAUUGUUGACAUUAAUGGUACUGAUGAUGUUCGUGGUGAUGAUGACGGUAGUGAAGAUGGUAGUGAUGAUGGUGGUGGUGAUAAUGAUGACAAUGGUGAUGGUAGUGAUGAUGAUAAUGAUGGUUGUGAUGAUGAUAAUGAUGGUUGUGAUAAUGAUCAAUGAUGGUUACCAUGAUGAUGGUAUUGAAGAUGGUGGUGAUGAUGGUUACCACUUACCAUGAUGAUGGUAGUGAUGAUGGUGGUGAUAAUAAUGAUGGUUACCAUGAUGAUGAGUGAAGAUGGUAGUGAUGAUGAUGAUAAUGGUAGUGAUAAUGGCGAUGAUGAUGUAAUGAUGGUUAUGCUGGUGAUUAUCGUAAUGGUGAUGAUGUACAUCACACACUGGACACGUUUUAACUAUCGUUACUUUAUUCUCUUAGACACUUGCCUACAAUGCGAAGGAGGACAGGUUUGAGAUUUGCCUCGGACAGAAACACAUUCGUGUACAACCGCUAGGCGCAGAGACGUCAUCCCAGGCUCGUGCCUGUGCCAGCGACGCGGCUCCUCUCCGUCGCCCACGUGAUGAGCGGGAAGGCUUGGGGGCUUUCAGUGGUGCAUUACGUCAUCGCGAUGCUUCUGAAGGCCGCGCUGCAUUCUCGGGGGCUGGGAGGACCUUGGGAGGAAGCACGAAGACUGAUAACGAGCAG